CAUUGAAUAAUUUUAGAAAUGUUUAUUUUGAAUUUGAAAUAUCCUAACCUCAUUUAUAGUUGUCAGAUAUCUGUCAUCUUUCAAGUUUUUCAACCAUAUGUGUCGUCCAAAAAGAAAUACUUGUAAUUUUACCGCUGCUGGAGUUUCCUUAAAAUUUUCCUGUUCAUGACGAAGUUUUGUGAAGCUAUGGUUAUUGUGAAAUAUUUGUGAUUAAAGAAAUCAAAUUUAUGAGGUGAGAGGAGAUCGGUAUGUUGUUAUGUAAAAAACAUCAUAACCAGCAGUCUGCAAAUUGUACAUGGGAUGAAUGAGGAGGAAUUGUUGCAAAGAGCUAUUGAAGAGCGAGAUAAACUAUUCAAACGUUAUGAACAGGGACGUGAAGGUGGUGCAGAGAUCGACCCUUGGGAAGAUCCUGGAUUUGAAGUUUAUCAUGCAACUGACAGAUAUGGAUUCAUUCAUGAUAAGAGAUUACCAUCCAAGGUUGAUAUUCACGAAACAAAAAAAUUGCAAAUUGAAGUAGAACGCCAAAAGAAAUGGCUCAAGAUGUUGAAAGAUUGGAAUCACACAUUAGCUUCAGAAAAACUCCAUACUCGUGUUUAUAAAGGCAUUCCCGAUUCAUUGAGAUCGAUUAUUUGGUGUAAAUUAUUGAAAGUAGAAGAUGCUAAGAAGGCUAACUCUGGAAUGUAUACUAAGAUGUACAAUUUAGCGAAAGAGUAUUCAACAGAUGCUAGACAGAUAGACUCUGAUGUUAAUAGGCAAUUUCGAGAGCAUUUACAAUACCGUGAACGAUAUAGUAUUAAGCAACAACAAUUAUUUAAUGUAUUAACUUCCUAUGCCAUGUAUAAUUCUGAAGUAGGAUAUUGUCAAGGAAUGUCUGGCUUAGCUGGUGUAUUGCUGAUGUAUAUGGAUGAAGAGGAUGCAUUUUGGGCACUACAUAUCUUAUUAACAGACCCAAAAUAUGCUAUGCACGGUUACUACAAAGAGGGAUUUCCAAAACUGACUAGAUUUUUAGCUCAUCACGAUAAAAUUCUAACAAAAUUUCUGCCAAAACUGAAGAAACAUUUCGAUAAACACGGGGUUGAUGCUAUGUUGUAUUCUUUGAAGUGGUUUUUUAUUUGCUUUGUGGAAAGGGUCCCUUUCAGUCUUUGCCUACGUGUUUGGGAUAUUCACCUAUUAGAUGGUGAAAGAGUAAUAACUGCAAUGGCCUACACAAUAUUGAAAUUGCAUAGAAGAAAUCUUCUCAAACUAAAUGAUAUGGAUGCUAUUGUUAAUUAUAUUCAGGUGAAACUGCAUAAGGAUUUCCUAAUAGACGACGAUACAGUCAUACAAAACUUGGAGAAGUCCUUGGAAGAACUGAAACGAGCAAAACUCGACACUGCAGGCCCACCCCAAAAAGAAGAGAUACCAACGAAACCCUUUGGCGUAUUCAAAAAACCGACUGUUACCAAAAUAGUGGGCUUAAGAGCCGAACAAUUCACAGAUAAAGAAAGGGAAACAAAUGAACUGGUGAUACUCACGAGUGAUAUAGCGAGGGAGAGUGCGGAGAAGGAAGACUCUUACCCGAUUGAUUCAGUUGGGCACACAGGGUCUAAAUUCUCAUUCGAACACAGCAACGGUGACGAAAGUCCCUUGCUUGAAGGCGACCACAAUUUAGGAUCUAGACGGUCCUUAGCCGAUACAAGUGUAACGUCGACAGCUGAUCUUUCUGUUUUCUCCACCAUAACCAGAUCUCAAGCUCACGAGAACAGCCUAGAUACACAUAGCAAUUUAUCAGAUAACUCGAUGGGUGGAGCCAGUUCGGUAGGGUCUGGUAUUGGUGCCAUGGGUUCCCAACGGAUAUACAGUGCUCACACCACCCCCAUCUCCAGCUCUCACAACCAGAACCCCGACGUUCUUCGGAUAUAUGUACCAUAUUCUCCUUUAGAAACUCCAGUUGCUAGUCCACACAAUGGAGAUUUACAAAAGUCCGUUCCUUGUCUUUUUAACGAUAAUAAAGUACGCAUUAAGAUAGAUAACGAUGAACUUCCAACUCCACUCGUUGAACAUGGUAGGAUCAAGAGUUUCACCAUGGAAGCAGAAUUAGAUUUGAAGUAAAAUGGUCCUAAUAAAUUGAACAAAAAUACAUUUAAUUGACCACAAGGAACAAAUAAUGUCCUCUGAAAGUGAUAAUUAUUCUGCAUUCCCUAAAUAGCAUCAUAGAUUGAUUUUUAUUUUUAGCUUGUUAGUUUACGAAAAUGUGUCAUUUGUUGAGAUUUGAAAAAAACUCAGAACAAUAAUUCCAAUAAUUAAGUGAUAAAAAGUUGAAUACUCUCUUAAACAUAUAACAUUUUUUCAUUUGAUGAAAGUUCUGUUCGAAAUUUAUGUAUUGAUUAACUUAGAAACAGAUUGUUAAUUAAACAGGAAUUGAAAAGUAUAUUGAAAAAAUAAAGCAAUUUAAUGUUAAUGAAAAUACUGUUACGAUGUAUCGAUUUCUUUGAAUAAUUUGUGAUUUUUGUGAUAUGGAAGUGUUACUAUUUCGAAAUGGUCAGUAUACUACUUUAUUUGACUGCUCCUUGUGUAAAGUGGAUCUUCGUAGUAGGUCAUUAUUUUCAACUCGAAUUAAUACGUACAUUUUAAAUACUUCUAUGAUAUUUGUCUUUGAGUAGGUUAAUCUAGUAAAUAUUACAGAACUUUUAAUAGAGUUUCGAAUGAGUAUUUAGAUGAGAUAAUGUACCAUGUUUAUUUUUUUAUUUGUAAAUAAUGAUAGUUAUGAUGAGAUUUCAAAUCGAGUAUUUGAACAUAAUCAGCUUUUUCUGACAAUUAUACCCCUGUAUCACUUGAUUGACAUAUGUUAAAAAGCCUUAUAAUAAAAAUACAACGAUUUUUUUCGAGUCAAGUUUGUUAAAAGGUUUUUUCUUAAUAAUGAAAUAUGAGUAAACGAUGAAAAAAUUAUGACAUUCUUAUAAUAUCUAUGACGAAGUGAAUAUAAUAAUGGAUUGCAAAUUUUUUUGGAAGCGUUUUCCCUAUAUACUGGUUAUAAAUGCAAUAAUUUUUCUUUCAUCGAAACACUUUUGUACCAUUGAUAUUUUGGCCAUUCCACGUAGUCUCAAUUUAAGAAUUGGGAUUUAUUAUAAAUUAGUUUUAAAAUUCUGGUAGAGGAGGAUUAUUAUACUUGAGAAUAUUUUAAAUGACAUCCAUUGUAGUAUUAAGUGUUCUAUUUUAUUUAUGAAAGCAUUUAUUUUGUAAAUAAACUAUUUAUUGAUCGAGUAA